UGAGAAGGUUCCAGAAAGUAGUAAUGGCAAUGAAGAAAAUAACAACUUCACCCGUUAAACUUGGUUCCCAACGAAAGCUAUUAGGAUACGCAACAGAGGCAAAGAGAGCAGCACUUCAGAAACUUGAGGACGUUCUCCUUGAGCCUCCACGUGCUGCCUCCGGUAAAUCAAGAGUGUAUUUGAAGCGUAUAAAGUAUUUACCUGAUUUAAUGGGUGACACACUUGAAAGCUACCCUCGUCGGGUUUUCAUCGACGUAGGGUUGCCACAAAAAGAUGGAGGUAGUGGAACAGAUUGGUUUUCAAAGAAUUAUCCGACAAGGAACAAGAAUUUUGAGAUGUAUAAGAUAGAGACUGUGGUCGAGAGUUCGCCCACGGCACAAGUUGAGAUGUCGGAUUGGUUGAUGAAGAAUGUAAAAGACGAAGAGUACGUGGUGAUGAAAGCUGAGGCUGAAGUUGUUGAAGAAAUGAUGAGGAGCAAGUCUAUUAUGUUGGUGGAUGAGCUUUUCUUGGAGUGCAAGCCACAAGGUUUGAAUUUGAAACGAGGGACUAGAGGUAAAAGGGCAUAUUGGGAAUGUUUGGCUUUAUAUGGAAAAUUAAGAGAUGAAGGAGUAGCAGUUCAUCAGUGGUGGGGUUAAAUAAC